GGGGAGGCAGCGGUGGGCGCGACGUCGGCGGCGGCGGCGGCGGCGGCGGCGGCAGCUGCAAGUUGGGCUGCAGGGGCAGCGCAUACACUACAAUGGCUGCUGGAAAGAGGCGUAAGGAAACAAUUUCCAGGCCCGCCGCGUCCAGCCCGAAAUAUGAGAAAAAAAUUAUUAGAAAUUCCGCGGGCGGUGUAGAGGCGGCGGACGGGCCGGAGGGAGGAUGUUAAAGCCCCGCGGUUGCCUCUUGGUGCUGCCUUGGCCGUAUUUGGCACCCAGAAUGCUUCAUUCUGUGACGGUCUAUUAAUAAGGUUGCCUUGCUAGAGUUUGGAGCAGGGCCUCAGAUUGGCCAAAAUGGGAAGGAUUGGAUUCCACUCUCUUCCACGAAGAGUCAAUGGGACUGGCUAAGAUCAAAGUCUGAGGCUUUUUCCAUCAGUAAUCAGUCCCUUUUUGCUUUCUUUUACGACCACAUGAAACUUGAGAAGCCACCUAAAGCUAUAUCAUUUAGUGGAGUUGGGCAGUUCCCAAGUGUCCAACAAGAAGGCCUGGUUUAGGCUGCGAUGGCCACUGUCAUUCCUGGUGAUUUGUCAGAAGUAAGAGAUACCCAGAAAGUCCCUUCAGGGAAACGUAAGCGUGGUGAAACCAAACCAAGAAAAAACUUUCCUUGCCAACUGUGUGACAAGGCCUUUAACAGUGUUGAGAAAUUAAAGGUUCACUCCUACUCUCACACAGGAGAGAGGCCCUACAAGUGCAUACAACAAGACUGCACCAAGGCCUUUGUUUCUAAGUACAAAUUACAAAGGCACAUGGCUACUCAUUCUCCUGAGAAAACCCACAAGUGUAAUUAUUGUGAGAAAAUGUUUCACCGGAAAGAUCAUCUGAAGAAUCACCUCCAUACACACGACCCUAACAAAGAGACGUUUAAGUGCGAAGAAUGUGGCAAGAACUACAAUACCAAGCUUGGAUUUAAACGUCACUUGGCCUUGCAUGCCGCAACAAGUGGUGACCUCACCUGUAAGGUAUGUUUGCAAACUUUUGAAAGCACGGGAGUGCUUCUGGAGCACCUUAAAUCUCAUGCAGGCAAGUCGUCUGGUGGGGUUAAAGAAAAAAAGCACCAGUGCGAACAUUGUGAUCGCCGGUUCUACACCCGAAAGGAUGUCCGGAGACACAUGGUGGUGCACACUGGAAGAAAGGACUUCCUCUGUCAGUAUUGUGCACAGAGAUUUGGGCGAAAGGAUCACCUGACUCGACAUAUGAAGAAGAGUCACAAUCAAGAGCUUCUGAAGGUCAAAACAGAACCAGUGGAUUUCCUUGACCCAUUUACCUGCAAUGUGUCUGUGCCUAUAAAAGACGAGCUCCUUCCGGUGAUGUCCUUACCUUCCAGUGAACUGUUAUCAAAGCCAUUCACAAACACUUUGCAGUUAAACCUCUACAACACUCCAUUUCAGUCCAUGCAGAGCUCGGGAUCUGCCCACCAAAUGAUCACAACUUUACCUUUGGGAAUGACAUGCCCAAUAGAUAUGGACACUGUUCAUCCCUCUCACCACCUUUCUUUCAAAUAUCCGUUCAGUUCUACCUCAUAUGCAAUUUCUAUUCCUGAAAAAGAACAGCCAUUAAAGGGGGAAAUUGAGAGUUACCUGAUGGAGUUACAAGGUGGCGUGCCCUCUUCAUCCCAAGAUUCUCAAGCAUCGUCAUCAUCUAAGCUAGGGUUGGAUCCUCAGAUUGGGUCCCUAGAUGAUGGUGCAGGAGACCUCUCCCUAUCCAAAAGCUCUAUCUCCAUCAGUGACCCCCUAAACACACCAGCAUUGGAUUUUUCUCAGUUGUUUAAUUUCAUACCUUUAAAUGGUCCUCCCUAUAAUCCUCUAUCAGUGGGGAGCCUUGGAAUGAGCUAUUCCCAGGAAGAAGCACAUUCUUCUGUUUCCCAGCUCCCCCCACAAACACAGGAUCUUCAGGAUCCUGCAAACACUAUAGGGCUUGGGUCUCUGCACUCACUGUCAGCAGCUUUCACCAGCAGUUUAAGCACAAGUACCACCCUCCCACGUUUCCAUCAAGCUUUUCAGUAGGAUUCUGGGACAUGGAUUCAUUACAGAAAUGUAUGUGUAGCUGUGCCCUAGAUGACCAUUUUUAUUUUAGUGCCUACUUUAAAACAGUAUAAAAAUUUCUGCUUUUGUAUAAUACAAAUUUUCAUUAAGCCAGUAUAAAAUAGAAACUAGCUUUUAAACUGAGCUUUGGAACCAUUUGUGUUCAGUUAAGUUUACCUGGGUAUUUUGUCCUGAUUCACUGCCAAUUGUCACAUUUUAAGACUUUUUUUUUUUCCAUAUAGGAAAGCCAUUAUUAGUAGUAAACUUUUACAAAUCCCAUUUUCAAAUUACUUUUAGAUCUUAAAAUUUUCGUUUUUGUCUAAUAACAGUGGCUCUACCUUUUGACAUCUGGCUCAUUAAAAAAUUUAGCAAUAGAAUGUAAAUUGUAUAAAAAGUUUGUGAAUAACUCAAGGGUUUAAAUUUUCUUACUAACUUCUAAAUGGAUUAAUAAUCAAGUGCUUCAAAUGAAUUAAGAGUCCAGUUUCGGAAGAUAACAAAUGUUUGUUAGAUACACCAUAAUUUCAGAUCAGUAUAUUCUGAAGACUCCCUGUUGUCUGGCUAAAAUAUUUGCCAUCUUUAUUAUGAGCCUUUAAGGAAAACAAACCCUAAACACAAAGCAUCAGUAUUUAUAGCAAAAAGAGACUCUGUUAGGUGACAUGGCAUUUCGUGUCACUUAAUAGUUGGCCCUAAAUUAGUACACAGGAUAUUUUGUCGUGUUUCAUCCUUCUUAACAUGCUAUCUUUUCAUUUAAUAAUAGUAAUAGUGUAUGGCAUUGGGGUCUUCAGAGUCGAUAUAUAGGUAGAUCUCUUUAGUCUUUUCCACCUUUCACAUCCAAGGGGUGGGUCAAGUGCAGCCAGCAAUUUAUUUUCAUUGUUGGUCCACGGUUAGUCCAUAAUCUAGAGCCAUUGUGGAACUGCAGCCAUGAGGUGUGUUUAUCCCACAGUGGAUUGACUCAGCCUCUGUGGGUGACAGACUUCUAAGCAGGAAGAUAGACGUGAAGCACAUGGUUACAUUUGGGAACUUGUGUAGGGAUCAUGGCCCCUGUAGCCAGGGUUAAAAACUGGACUUUUUAGAAGUAAAGUAAAAGCAUAUCGCUUAUAUCAUUUCUUGCUGAAUUUGAUAUGUUUUUCUUUCCCUUAAGAAUCAAAAGCAGAAAACAAAAACAACAGUCCUACUCCCAUGUUAUCUUUCUGAUUCAAUGUGAAUCCAUCUUUCCUUGCAAUAUUUUGGAUGGAGAAUUUGAAGUUAAAUGCAUUAGAAAACUACCUGAGGAACUACCACAAAGUUUUAAGUGACUAGAAAUAUAUACAGUAAAAUCCCACUUUCAUGCAUCUCUGGGAAAUGAUAGGAGUAUUGCAAAUAAGUUGAGUUUGUAGAGGGUAACAAAGUAAAGUAAAACAAACCUAUCUUGGUUAACAUGAAAAUAACAAUUGAGAAUGUAUUAUAUUCACUGAAUAAUUAUAGGCUUUUCCUCACAUUAGACAACCAACAUAAUCUUCUUAAAGGUCUAAUUAAUAUAUUUUUCUAAGGGUCAGUUGGGACAUUAACCUAAGAAACAUAUCUAUUAAGCACUUGUUAACACCUUAUUUUAGGACCCUUUCCGUUGGGGAUGGGGGCAAGGGUGGGAGGUUUUUAGAAGAGUAUAUAUCUCUUUAAAAAAAAACAGAAAGAAAAAUAUUUCUGAGCACUCAUUAGCCCUAUAUGGAAACUUCUUUCCUUUUUGUAGGGCCAGUUAUCACUGCAGAUUGCAAUGUUUACCAAGAAUUUCUAAAAAUGAGUGCAGAUUACUGAAUAUAAUACAUAAUUUAAAAUAUUUGGGAGUAGUAUAAUUUGUGGAGAAAUGUAAAUUGUAAUAAUGUAAAUGGGGGCUUCAAUAUAUAUAUAUAAUACACACACACACACACACACACGCACACAUACCGCACUUCAUAGAAUCAAAGUUGCUCUCUGAAGGAGCUUUGGCUCCUGAUAUUUUAUCAUGCUCCUAUAUUUUUUUAAUCCUUGGAGCAGUAGUUUUUAUACUUAUGUAUUUAAAUUUUAUUAUGAAAAAUUACAUUUAUUAAAAAAGUGUGUUCCAAAGGCAUUAAAAUUAUAUAUGUUAAUAAGGAAGUACAUUUUUAAAUUUUUCAAACUGCUCCUAGCUUUUGAUUAGGAGAAUAUUUUUUCUGAAAGUAGGCUUUUCGCUCUGCUUCAUUACUGCUUCCUUUAGUUUCUAUGAAACAGAUUGCUUACCUAAAUCUUUAGUUGAAUGAUUAGUGUUCAAUAUUGCUUUAAUCACCAUGUAAAAGGAAAAAAAUUGGUGACAGAGCACAAAUAGAAAACCUAUUUUUAAAUAGAAAUCACAAAUAGCAAGUGUGGAAGCACUACUUUAUUCUGUUUAAAAUGUACUUAAGAAGUCAUCAAAUUAGUGAACUGAGACAUUGGCCUUAGUAGGCUGUAUUCACUGCUAAUUUAAAAAAGGGAGUACCAGGAUUUAUUAAGUAAAGCAUUUUGGAAAUGGGGAAUAGCGCCAUAUAUGUAUGUAUGUGUAUGUGUGUGUGUAUAUAUAUAUAUACACACACACACACACACAUACUUAAAUCUUGCCCUGCAUGAAAUUCAAAUACAUGGAGGCACAUCUUCAGGGCACCAGUGUUAAAAUUUUGGAGUCUUAAUUUUCAUGUGUACACCUCUUUGCCUGUUCCCGCCCCCAGACUUGAAAUAACACUUCAGAGUAAGAGGGAAUUCAGCUAAUUUGUUUUUAAAAUUGACUCUAGUGGUCACUAAACCCUUUUUGAGAGAAUUUCUAUUAAAGAUGAGGCAGACUCGCUUAUUUGAAUUGCACAAUGUUCUAACAAGGAUGUAACACAGAAUUGGCUUUUUUUUUCCUAGAAAAAGAUUGUUUGUUUCUAUGUCAACUAGAUAUGAUUAAAAAUAAGUAUUGCCAAUGCUGUUUUCAUUCUCUAGUGGCCAGAAUCAUUAUCCUUGAAAUUUCUGGUAGUGCCUUAGCUUGGUUAAAAAAAAAAAAAAAAAAAAAAAAAGG